UCGAGGUAAGGCAUGUUGUUGCGCGUCGCGUAUUAACGUACGAAUAUAUUCGCGCUGCGUCGAUACAUCCUCUUUUCAUCUAUCGCGCGUGUGUUCGUGAUCUUACUUCUUGUACCGCGCUUUCCAACCACGCGGUUUCCGGCACGCGUUUCCGUUGUUCGCGUCGGCGGCGGAAGUGCGCGUGUCACCCGAAAGCCGACAGAUCGAAUCGAAAUAAAUCGGCAAUACGACAAACCGGUUCGCGCAUCGCGUGAGUGCGCUACGGCGUGCGCACAUGAUCGUUGUGUAUACGUGAAAGGGGGCAAGGUGGUGAACCUUAUCUUUUUCGGGGGACGAAAAAUUGCGAACAGUCCUGGCCGUUCCCGUGCCGGGAAGAAAUGUAUCGCCAGAUGUUUUUCACUUGCCAAGUGCAGUACCUCAAUGACGUCGAUCCGUUUAGUUAUCCAACCCUUUAUCCGGAUGUUAACCCUCCUGAUCACACCUUCAGCGCGACCUUGCCGCUAAUCAAUCAACUUGCCGCUGUGCAUCGACUUCUUCGGGCACCUCAUAGGCUCGAUGACACGGCGCUCCAGUUGUACAAGGGCGGCGAUUAUGGUGCUUAUCUGGACCUUGAAGCAUCCAUCAAUGAGCAACAGGAAGAAUUUGAGGGCUUUCAUGAAGGUGAAAGCCGGAAGAACGCGAUUAUUCUCAGGACUCAGCUGUCCGUGAGGGUUCACACUAUCAUAGAAAAAUUACUGAACAGCGAGGGCCGCGAGCUGCGACGGGCUCUCUUCUCCCUCAAGCAGAUUUUUCAGGAGGACAAGGAUCUGGUACACGAGUUUGUACAAAAUGAUGGACUCGCCUGCCUGAUCAAAGUCAGCAGCGAAGCCGACCAGAAUUACCAAAAUUACAUUUUACGAGCACUCGGCCAGGUAAUGCUGUAUGUCGACGGUAUGAACGGGGUGAUGGAACAUGGGCAGACAGUGGAAUGGUUAUAUACGUUAAUUGCUAGUCGUUUUCGGCUGGUGGUCAAGACGGCAUUGAAACUACUGCUCGUGUUUGUGGAAUACGUGGAAACAAACAGUCUGCUAUUGGUCAGAGCUGUAAGAGCAGUCGAUCAAGCUAGGGGCGUGGUACCGUGGAUUAACGUAAUGAAACUCCUGAAGGAUUAUGAUGCUGCCGACACAGAGUUGCUUAUAUAUGCAACAACUUUGAUCAACAAGUGUUUGAACGGUAUCCCCGAUCAAGACACGUACUACGAUCAAGUGGACUGCCUGGAGGAACAGGGUAUGGAGGGCGUUAUCCAGAGGUACAUGUCAAAACAGGGCACAGAUCUCGACUUGCUCAGGCAGUUUCAGAUUUACGAAGCGGUACUGCAUCACGAAGAUGGAGACAGAGGCUCGCCUAUACGCCAAUUGGACGACAAUAUAAGAAAAACUUUACGAAACCGAAAGUCUCUAGUGGAUUCUCACGAAAGGCGAAAGUCUCGAAGGCAUUCCACAGGUAAUUCACCCCUGUCAAUGUCUCUGAAUCCACGGCUGAGCCCACGACUGAAUCAUACUCUGGGUGUGAGUACGCUGAAUAACACUUUGAAUUCGAACCUACCAGAUGAUGACGACGAAUCAAGUAGUUCUCAAAGUUCUCAGGGUCAUCUAGGUGAAGUUCAGCUCAAUGGUAGUUACAAAGAGAAUAAAGUGGAUGUUGGUGUUACACCAGCGCUGAGACGACGAAGAGAACGCGCGGAGAGACAGAGGAGCUUCAUUAGAGAGCAACAAGAGGCUACUGCAAACCUGAGAGCUUCGCUUGGUCAUACCGAUGAUCAGGAAAGUCAGUUCGCAACAAACAAUCUACGAUAUACAAACGGUAUCUCUUAUGAGAGGAACGCUGAUUCUCCUUCGAACAAGUUGUCAAGAACGAACAGCAGAAAAGACUUGACGCCCUUGAUGAAUGCCGCGAACAAGCUCGACUCGGAGGAGAAGAAACCAUGGUACGGCAAAAGUCCCAACGAAGGUGUCGAGUACAACGAGAGUAAUCACACCGACGAAGACGAAGAUCGUCGAGUGGUUCUCCAGCUUAAGAGGGAAGGAACUGUCAAGGAUCUCACUCAGAAGUUGGCAGCACAGAAUCUUAUACCUAGCAGCCCUGUGGAGGAGAAAGUUUCCAGGAUAGGAGAUAUGAGUGGAUUGAUCUCGAAAGCAAAAGAAGGUCUAGCGAAGUCGAAGUCAAAAGCGGACGUACUAAAGUCGCCAACCAGCGAUAAUUUGCCGAAACUGCAGGAAACGAAGAAAUCAGAGAAUGAAUUGCACUGGGAAGAACUUGUAAAAAAACUGAAGAGACCAUUGGCACUUUGCGACUUGGAUUUCACUGAUCUAAAUUCCGAAGAUGAGAUCGAUGUGUUGGGAUCUGCUAAUGUGACGAAUGGAAUGCCACCACCGCCACCACCGAUGGCACCUCCAAAUGGAGAUGUUUCGGCACCUCCGCCACCGCCAUUGGGGGCGAGAUUGCCACCGCCCCUUCCUCAGGGUCCUCCGCUGCCAUUCGGUAUCAGUUUGAAGAUGUCGAGGCCACCGUUACUAACUAACGAAACCAGUAACACGCCAAAGAAUCCGCCAUCGUUACUCGCGAAGAAGAGCAAGAAGACGGUGAAGCUGUUCUGGAAGGAAGUACGAGACGAUCCCAACAUUCUUGCACGACUCGACAAACACAAGAUGAUCUGGGACGAACUAACACCUGUGGCCGUCGACACACAAAAGCUCGAACAUCUUUUCGAGAGUCGCGCUAAGGAUCUUAUCACUAAGAAACAGCAGGAGAUGAACAAGAACAAGGAAAUUAUUGUGCUAAAUCAUAAAAGAUCAAACGCCAUUAACAUUGGUAUGACAAAACUGCCACCGCCAAGGUCCAUCAAGACUGCGAUUUUGAAAAUGGAUGCUACAAUCAUGAAUAGAGAGGGUAUCGAGAAACUGCUAACGAUGCUACCUACUAAGGAAGAAAAAUCCAGGAUACAAGAGGCACAGGCUGCCAAUCCUGACCUUCCCUUAGGAUCGGCCGAACAGUUCCUUCUAACUUUGACCUCCAUUUCGGAAUUGCCAGCAAGACUAAAGCUGUGGGCAUUCAAGCUAGACUUCGAAAAUUCCGAGAAAGAAAUCGCAGAUCCUUUAAUGGAUUUGAAACAGGGUAUGGAGACCUUACGAAUGAAUAAAACGUUCCGUGGGAUUCUAAGCACACUUCUUUCGAUCGGGAUAUUCCUCAACGGAAAUGAGGUGAAGGGCUUUCAACUAGAAUACCUCGUCAAAGUACCUGAAGUGAAGGAUACGGUUCACAAACACUCGUUGCUUCAUCAUCUUUGCCACAUGGUGAUGGAGAAGUUUCCGGAUUCUACAGACCUCUAUUCCGAGAUUGGUGCGGUAACGAGAGCUUCGAAAAUCGAUUUCGAUGAGUUGGCGGCGAACAUCGCGAAACUCGAGAGCGAGUGCAAAGCGUCUUGGGACCAUCUCAAGCUCAUUGCGAAGCACGAUGGUUCUACGAUGAUGAAGGUCAAGAUGUCUGAUUUCCUUGCUGAUUGUGCUGAAAGGAUAAUCGUCUUAGGCAUCGUUCACAGACGUAUCAUAAACCGUUUCCGCAAAUUCAUUUUGUGGUUGGGUAUACCACUGCACAGGAUACAAGACACAAAACCAAACGAGUUUUGUAGGAUUGUGUCCGAAUUUGCUCUGGAGUACAGAACCACUAGGGAACGAGUGAUACAGCAGCUUGAAAAGAAAGCCAAUCAUCGAGAACGCAAUAAGACCAGAGGGAAGAUGAUAACAGAGGUCGGUAAGUUUCGUACAAAAGAAGAUCGAGCGGACGCGGAACUCAGACAACUACUUGGCAGUGACAUUUCAGAUGUCGAGAGUAUCCACGGCACUUUACCAUGGAGAAGACAGAAGAAAGACGGACGUAUAAUUUCACUGGGUCCGGUACUCAGGGAUGAAAGCACCAAUGGUAACUUAGCUGAUGGCGUUGACGAAUUAUUGGAAUCUCUGGUGAAAACCGCAACAAAAACGCCAGCCACUAGAACCACGCCACGUGAACGCAAGAGGACCAGACACGCCGAUCUGAAGCGAUCGCGCACCCGAGAGAACAACACCACGCCGGAAGGGUAUCAACCCUGAUGGACCAGGGUUUACGUGAUUUCUGCGAUUAAGUGCGUAGAACGUUAAAGAACGGUCUCUCGGAAGAAGAGAAGAAGCACAUCGCCGCCUACAUCAAGGGCUAUUGACUGUGAUAAUACUCGAAGGCCACGACAUGCUCUCACGAAACGAGAUGAAGAAAGAACGGAAAGUUAAUACUACGAAGAAGCGGAACAAUGGAAGCUCGGUGAAAACAUUGCGACCUCUUCGUCGUAGAUCUUCGACUAUAGGAUCCUGUUUUCCCCUAUUACCAGGACGCUCCGAGAUCAGACAGUAUCGACGAUCGACUCUACGACACGUCGCUGACGUUUGUCGAAUUUAAUAUUCGCGUGAAGCCCCAUGUGCACUUCAUAUGCACCUGUCAUUCGAUUUGUUAAGGUAGGAUAAUAAGUAUGAGCAAAAAAAAAACAGGAAAAAGAUACUAUAGUUUUGUUGAAUUAAAUAAAUAUUAAUCGGUGAUUUAGGCUUAAGCCAAUGAUUGAGAACAGGUAUUUCUCUUAACACGUCAUUCGCGGACGAGAAACAAUAUCUCGAAUACGUAUUAAGAAUUAUUAUUUAGGAAUGUUCUUAUAGAUAGAUUUUUGUUAAGUAAGUCCUAUAAAAAAAUUUUUUUGUUUUAUAAAAUUUUCCUUAUUUUGUAUAGAAAUUUCUGAAAGUUUCAAGUUGUUUACGUUUUCUUUUGCCUCUUUGAAAGUUAUUACACGUGUUGUGCGUAUAUUAUAUACAUUUUACGUAUAUAUCGUACUCAGUACUUCUCGGAAGAUUCGAAUCGCGGAAGACAGGGUCGACUUGACAAUCACAUAACACCACGUGCCUCGACGAAUUUUUAUAAUCGAUUUUUAAGAGCGACUACUCCGAGUAAUCGAUGCUUUUGUUCGCAUCGAUCCAUUUACAACGAAGAAACAGCCAUUUUGCAUACGAAGUAAAUAUAUUCUAGAUUCUAGAAUUCCUGUCGAAUAGCAAACACAUACCGGACGACAUAAAUCUGCCUAGCAGCUUAAUUAUUUUAAUCAUCAUUUUAUUAUUGCGUUUCGUAGAAACGCAUAAUCACAUUCAUUGUAACUUUCUGUGGAAAUGAUUCUUUAAAUAAAAGGA